AUGAGUUACUACCCUAAGGAUGUUGAGCUGGCCGGGUGGGCCUUGGCGCAGCGCCUGGCGGACGGGUUCUCCUCCUUGGAGACGUUCACCCCAAUCUUCGUCGCCAAGCCGAACGAGCUGCGGGUAGGUGGUGAAGACCAUGUGCGCUACGGUGAGGAGAUUGACGACGAAAGCCAUCAUCGACGUACCGUGACGACGCCUGGCACACGUGCAGUCGAAGAGGUUUGGGAAGCACGGGCUAACCACCGACGACGAGGACGACAGGCGAGAGCUCGGCGUGCAGCGGGUGGACUUCCUGAUGCUAGUGAAGGGGAUCAGUUCUGCUGUAGGGAGGUGUUUGCGAUGACGGUUGAAUGGGGAAUCUGUCGACGAUUAUGA